GGGCGGGACUUUUCGGAUGGUACACAGAGACGGGGGCUCGCGGGGAGAAGCGGCUGGAUUCACGUGACAGGCGGUGUGAGGAUGGCGGCCUGCGGGGGAGACGUGUGCUGUUGCUGCUGCUGUGGGGAGAGGGAGAGCCGCACCCCGGAGGAGCUGACUAUCCUGGGUGAAACCCGUGAGGAGGAUGAGGAGAUUCUUCCCCGGAAAGAUUAUGAGAGUUUGGAUUACGACCGCUGCAUUAAUGACCCGUAUCUGGAGGUUCUGGAAUGCAUCAACCGUAAGAAAGCCAAGCGGUAUGAGGCUGUUCGGUGGAUCAUGGUCUUUGCUAUUGGCGUGUGCACUGGACUGGUCGGGCUGUUUGUGGAUUACUUUGUGCGUCUCUUCUCUCAGUUCAAGUUCAGAGUGGUGCAGAGCUCUGUUGAGGAUUGCACGGAUCGAGGAUGUCUGGCCUUGUCUCUGCUGGAACUCCUGGGGUUCAACAUGACCUUUGCCUUCAUAGCCACACUCUUCGUCCUCAUCCAGCCUGUAGCGGCAGGAUCUGGGAUUCCUGAGAUUAAAUGUUACCUGAAUGGAGUAAAGGUCCCAGGCGUGGUCCGUCUCAGAACGCUCGUUUGCAAGGCUUUGGGGGUUUUGUUUGGUGUUUCUGGAGGCCUUUUCAUUGGGAAGGAGGGACCGAUGAUUCACAGCGGGGCUGUUGUCGGUGCCGGGCUUCCUCAAUUCCAGAGCAUUUCAUUCCAGAAGAUUCGCUUUGACUUUCCAUAUUUUCGCAGUGACAGGGACAAGAGGGACUUUGUUUCAGCUGGAGCCGCAGCAGGGGUGGCGGCGGCCUUCGGGGCUCCCAUUGGGGGUACACUGUUUAGUUUGGAGGAAGGGUCAUCUUUUUGGAAUCAGGGGCUGACAUGGAAAGUGCUUUUCUGCUCCAUGUCUGCAACAUUCACACUGAACUUUUUUCGCUCCGGAAUACAGUUUUCAAGCUGGGGCUCAUUCCAAGUUCCGGGGCUCCUAAACUUCGGGGAGUUUAAGUGCUCAGAUUCAGACAAGAAGUGUCACCUGUGGACUGUAUUGGACUUGGCCUUCUUUAUCAUCAUGGGGGUGGUUGGUGGAUUGCUGGGCGCCACGUUCAACUGUCUGAAUAAAAGACUGGCCAAGUAUCGCAUGAAGAAUGUCCACCCAAAGCCAAAGCUCAUCAGGGUCUGUGAGAGUCUGCUGAUCUCUCUGGUCACCACAGUCAUCGUCUUUGUGUCAUCGAUGGUUCUGGGGGAAUGCCGGAAACUUUCUCCUUCAACUGACUGGAACAACGGCACCAUGUCUACGCAGUUCUCAUCAGAUGACGUCAAUUCCAGCAUCAAGACCUUCUUCUGUCCCAACGAUACCUACAACGACAUGGCCACCCUCUUCUUCAACCCUCAGGAGUCGGCCAUCUUGCAGCUCUUCCAUCAAGAAGGCACUUUCAGCCCCGUCACUCUGUCUUUCUUCUGCUCUAUGUACUUCCUCUUGUCCUGCUGGACGUAUGGUGUUUCUGUGCCUAGUGGUCUGUUUGUGCCCUCCUUGCUCUGUGGAGCUGCCUUUGGUCGUUUGGUAGCUAACCUCCUGAAAAGUUACUUGGGAUUGACCCAUAUCUAUUCUGGAACCUUUGCCUUGAUUGGUGCCGCAGCUUUCCUCGGGGGCGUUGUCCGGAUGACCAUCAGCCUUACCGUCAUCCUCAUCGAAUCAACAAAUGAGAUCUCGUAUGGCCUUCCCAUAAUGAUCACACUCAUGGUUGCGAAAUGGACUGGUGAUCUCUUCAAUAAAGGAAUCUAUGACGUCCAUAUUGGACUGAGGGGUGUGCCUUUGCUGGAGUGGGAGACCGAAGAGGAAAUGGACAAGUUAAGAGCCAACGAUAUCAUGGAACCCAACCUCACCUACGUAUACCCUCACACCCGCAUCCAAUCCCUGGUCAGCAUUCUGCGCACUACCGCUCAUCACGCCUUCGCUGUAGUGACUGAGAACCGUGGAAAUGAAAAGGAGUUCAUGAAAGGAAACCAGUUGAUCAGCAACAACAUAAAGUUUAAAAAGUCCAGCAUCCUGACCAGAGCCGGUGAGCAGCGGAAGAGGAGUCAGUCUAUGAAGUCUUACCCAUCCAGUGAGCUGCGCAACAUGUGUGACGAUAACGUGGCCUCGGAAGAAGCCCCUGAAAAGGAGGACAUGCUGCAGCAGAUGUUGGAGAGAAGGUACACCCCUUACCCUAACCUGUAUCCUGACCAAUCUCCCAGCGAGGAGUGGACUAUGGAGGAGCGCUUCCGUCCAUUGACUUUUCAUGGCCUUAUCUUGCGCUCCCAGCUGGUGACGUUACUUGUCCGGGGUGUCUGCUACUCCGAAACACAAUCUAGCGCUAGCCAGCCCCGUCUAACCCAUGCAGAGAUGUUGGAAGAUUAUCCACGUUACCCCGACAUUCACGAUGUCAAUCUAACGCUCCUAAAUCCGCGGAUGUUAGUGGAUGUCACUCCUUACAUGAACCCAAGUCCUUUUACGGUGUCACCCAACACGCACGUCUCGCAGGUCUUUAACCUCUUCAGAACCAUGGGGCUCAGACAUCUCCCUGUGGUCAAUGCCAUAGGAGAGAUUGUUGGCAUAAUUACCCGACACAACUUAACGCAUGAAUUCCUCCAAGCCCGCCUCAGGCAGCACCAUAUGACCUCCUGAUCCAGCCUUCCCCUUAACCUUUGAACUCACCAAGGAGCUUAACCUUGGCAGUUUCCCUGAAAUAGACAAUUAAGCUUUCUAAGGCCUUGUAUUGGGGUUUUACCCGGCUAAAGAGGGAUUCCUGGAAAUGUCUCCAGCGCCGGCCGGCCCUCUCCUUUUUUCUAUCUCUGAGCUAAGGCUAUGCUUUCUUUACCGAUAUCUGCCGCUAUUUGACCUACGAAGAGGCCGCAUGAGAACAAAAGGACCAGUCAUACAACACAUAUGCUGUGUGUUGUAUGUAUGUACGUCUUAGUCCUACUAGUUUCUUGUCCAUCUGGAAGAGCCACUGGUAGGCUGUGUCUUUAAAGCCAAUACAGACUGUUUUUUUUUUUUUUUUAUUCAUAUAGUUAAAGUGAAGCUGCUGCCCUCCAUGGGAAUCCAUCCUGUGUUAUUUAUAAGAGCCCGUCCUCUAAAUUUCAGUCCGUUUACCUGUCACCUCUGAUGUUAAAGCUGAACUCCCAGCAGAAAUUUUAAAUCCGUAUUAGUAUUAUUAUUAUUAUUAUUAUUAUAAAUUUCAGCUUCUACCUUUUAACAAAUGCCAACAGGCAUUGAUGCCAUUUGUUAAAAGGUAGAAGCUGACAUUUAUAAUAAUACGGAUUUAACAUUUCUGCCGGGAGUUCAUCUUUGAAUGCAGCACUUACAGGGCUCAGUGUCCCGAAUAUCCUGUAUGUAAGACUAGUGGCUGCUGUGCCCACUUCUUAUCCCAGCCGCCUGUCAUGUAACAUUCCAAUAGUAGUUCAUUUUUAACCGUGACGGCAUAAUUACAUUGCCAAUGUAGUUUGAACAGUUAAGGCUCUGAAGUGUGACCCGUUUUUCAGAAAGCUUUUUCCAGGCAGUGAGAAGGUUGUAAUGUUGCUCAACCACCUCUGUGUACCGCAUGUGUAAAUUAUGCCUUCAAGCAUAUGAUUUUGGCACUUUAAUUAUUCUUCUUUCAAUGCCUGGGCUGGUUUUUCCCUUCAAAAGUGUUGACUUUGCAGACAAAGGUUUUUUGUUUUUUUUAAAGCCCUGAAAAAACUCAGAGAUAACGGAUUUGCAUUUUGGUGGAUUUCUGCUCUUCCUACAAAAUGGACAUCCUGGCUUUUUUUUUUUUAUUGUCUCUUUUAUCGUUUGUUAUUUGGGUGUAGAUUUGAAAGUGAGCCAUAGAAUUCCAUCUACUAAUGUGAAAAAAAAAAUGCUGCUUUUAUUUGAGGCCUGCAGAGUUCUACAUUAAUGUUGCGCGACAUCCAUCCCCAAAGAAAAGAGCUUUUGGACUUCCAGACAUUCAGUAAUUGGAUGACGCAGGAGGUUUGGUCUGAGUAGACAUUCAGUAAUUGGAUGACGCAGGAGGUUUGGUCUGAGUAGACAUUCAGUAAUUGGAUGACGCAGGAGGUUUGGUCUGAGUUUUUCAAAUUCAAACCAGAAUACUUUUUUGGCACCAGUGACAUUUAUACAGCGAUCAGUGCUAUAAAAAUUCACUGAUUACUGUAUAAAUGACACUGGCAGGGAAGAGGUUAACCCUAGGGGGGCAAUUAAGGGGUUAAGUGUUCCCUAGGGAGGUGUUUCUAACGGUGGGAGGGGAGUAGACUGACAGGGAAUACAGAGAGAUCGCUGUUCCUGAUCACUGGGAACAGACGAUCUCUCUGUACUCCCCUGACAGAACAGGGAUUUGCUAUGUUUACAUUGACAGAUCCCCGUUCUGCCUCUCUGUGGAUACAGUUGUCUCUGCGAUAGUGAAUUAGAAUCUCUUGCAGAAUUGAGCGGUAGUGGUUAGUGGGGAUAUUUGUCAUCAGACAGCAACGAUUCUGCUACUAAGCUCAGUGAUGUGCCAACUGGGUGCUCUAUUGACUAUGGUACGGAUCAGGCAGCGCCCCCAAGAUUCCCAUUUACUGGAGCAUCUGGUAUGGAAGUAGACAUUGAAGAGGGCAACCCCUUGGCAUGCUUACAAUUAUUUCUGACCGAUGAGAUUAUUGAAGACAUUUUUUACUGAGACAAACUGGUACAAAGAGCAACAAUUUGUAUAGGAAAUAGUGCUGCUCAAUAUAAAUACAAUUAAACUAAAGUGCAAAACACAGUUGUUAUACCAAUAACAAAUUAAUCAUGAAUGGUGCAUAAAUAAUGCAAAAAAAAAACAGUCCAAAAAGUGAAAGAUUCCAAAGGAAUAGGGUGACAACCACUCCAAAUCUUUACCGGUGACUUUAACUUUAAAUACUCUCACCUUAAGGUAUGGACCCCUGUUUUACCAGGCAGUCAUACCAGCAGAAAUCGAUAGACAGAUUGGAGCAAUAUGUGGAUAGCAAACUUCUUAGGCUCGGCAGCAUUGAGAUCGAGGAUAAGAG